UAAAAAUUCUUGUGCGGCUCAGUAAAAAAACACAUUGUGAAAAUCAAAAGGUAACAAUCCGAAAUGUGUGCGGAAAAUGUGUUGUGUUUGUUUUUGUAUACGCCGCAAUUAAAAUUUCGAAGGUGAAAGAUAUUCAGAGAAGGCCCCAAGUGGUACGCGGAUAUUUGCCAAUAACAUGCCGGACGCCGGACUCUUCCAGUUGUGAAUUCCGUUUGUGUAUUCGAAUUUGUAUUCGUAUUCGUUCUGACCAAGUGCGAAAGAAAAUGUAAUCAAAUUGUGAAUCUGACUUAAUGCGAAGCGACGUGUGCGCCAGCCAGAAACCUCAUCAUUACCUUGAAAUGAAUGGAUAUAUUUGCAAUUGCUGGAAAUGACUUUCAGACGCGACACAAGUGCCAUUUUGUGUAUUGCACUUGAAGUGAAAUAUAGCGCGACCAGCAUUAAAGGAAAAUACCAAACAAGAAAGGCUACGCCAAGAACAAUAGAAGUAACAAGGAUAUUCCCAUGCGUGUAUUUCAUGCGGCAAGCCGGCAACAAACAGACAGCUGUACCAGAAGCAGAUACAGAUAGUUAAAUUUACGGACAAAUAAAGAAGACAAUAGGAAGCCGUAAUAAAAGCUGGGAAGAAAGGACCUCACGUACAUGGUGGAUUGAUAUGAUAAUCGCCAUGAAUCGCACUGAAUUUGGAUCCCAAUUGCCCAAUUUCGACAGCUCAGUGGAGAUAUUCAAAGCGAUUGCAAGGAAUAGUAAUUUUGAUUUGAUUGGCGAGCGACGGCAUCUGGUUAAUUAUUCGCAAUUAAAUGCACUGAGUGAUGUAAAUGCCAACAACACUAAUAAGAGCAACUACAACAUCAGUCACAGCAGCAACAAUAUGACAAUACAGUUGUUAAAUAGCACACAUAUUAAUGUAAGCAACAUCAUCGUUUCCUCCGAUUUGGACCCGGUGCUAAUGGACCAGUAUCAGCACAAUCGUGCUAUAGAGAGCCCCUGGUAUCACUUGCUAAUCGCAAUGUACAGCAUACUAAUUGUAUUCGGAGCAAUGGGCAAUAUAAUGGUGGUCAUCGCUGUUUUGCGUAAGCCACUGAUGCGCACGGCACGCAACCUCUUCAUCCUUAAUUUGGCCAUAUCGGACCUGCUCUUGUGCCUUGUGACGAUGCCGUUAACUCUUAUGGAAAUUCUUUCCAAAUUCUGGCCGUACGGCUCUUGUGCCAGCCUGUGCAAAAUGAUUGCCACGUUGCAGGCGCUCAGCAUUUUUGUGUCGACGAUAUCCAUAACAGCCAUCGCCUUCGACAGAUAUCAGGUUAUUGUUUAUCCCACGCGGGACAGUCUGCAAUUUGUUGGAGCCGUCACAAUAUUGGCAUUCAUUUGGAUACUUGCCCUGAUACUGGCUUCUCCACUGUUUAUCUACAAGCAGUUGAUCAACAUGGAUAUGCCGGCAGUGUUGCAAGAUAUUGGCGUACCAAAUCGGAUAUCAUAUUGUAUUGAAGACUGGCCGCUGAGCGAUGGCCGUUUCUAUUACUCGAUCUUUUCGCUGUGCGUGCAGUAUCUGGUGCCCAUAUUGAUCGUAUCGGUGGCCUACUUUGGCAUCUACAACAAGCUGAAGAGCCGCAUCACUGUCGUCACCGGGCAGAGCUCGUCGCAGCGGAAAGUGGAGCGGGGCAGACGGAUGAAGCGAACGAAUCGGUUGCUCAUAAGCAUUGCAAUCAUCUUUGGGGUGUCGUGGCUGCCACUCAACUUUUUCAAUCUGUACGCCGAUCUGCAACAUCCGUCGGCGGUGACGCAGAGAAUGCUUGUGGCAUAUGCCAUUUGCCACAUGAUUGGCAUGAGUUCGGCCUGCUCGAAUCCGCUGCUCUAUGGAUGGCUCAAUGAUAACUUCCGCAGCAACGUCCAAGCAGCGGCAUCGCGUCAUCGACAGCGCAAACACGACGCACAUCUGUCCAAGGGUGAGCUACAGCUCUUGGGCAAUCCGAGCUGUGCUACUGAUGGUGAUUGCAUCGGUGGUGUUAGCAUUGCGGCCACUGAGUUUAAUACGCGACACACGGUAAAUGGAACCCGCAGCUGCAUUACGGAAUCGGUGGCACUCACCGAGAAUCCAAUGCCCACAGAGAUGACCACGCUGGUGCCGCGUUUGCAACAAUACUAAAAAUGGCAAUUUGCAAGCUCAAUGAAACCUACUCUCCCCAUAGGCCCAUCUGUACUUGAACUUUAUGGAAGACAAAGGAGCGGCUGUCGCAGCGAAAGCAUUGAAUUUAAUUUUAAAAUUAUAUUUUUAUCUAAGACGUUUACCAAUAUUGAGUAUAAAUUACA